AUGGCGCAGGUUACUGUGAAGGAGCUGAUAGCAUUCCCCUGCGCCUUGUCGGUCACUUGGCUUUGCCUUGCCAUCGAUAGGUUUAUGGGACUUGUGAAUCCGAGGGCAAUGUUUAUAAAUCGGGGAUCUGCACUACCUCAACAGAAAUUAUGGAAACUUGCCCGACUUUAUAGACGUGUUGCACCUGAGUAUACUUCCAAUUCUCAAGUUAUUUUGUGUAGGCUGAUAGGAAAUCAAUGGAAACAUCACAAACUAAAUACAACAUUUGCCGAAGCUGAUACAUUCAAGAGCGGAUACCGUACACCAGAAGGUCGGAAUAAAUUAUCAGAAAAUAAUCCACCUUCACUUUAUGAAACUAGCCCAGUUCACAUUCAUAAUAAGCCCAAAUCCUUUUAUUGUUGA